CCCCUUCAAAAUUAGUCCACAUUCUCCACCCACAAAAACUUCGUUGGCUGCCUCUUGACACAUCUGAAUCUGAGAAAGUUCAUUUCGCAGCUCACUGGGGUCUAUUUGAAGCUGACGUGCCAAUCCAGUGGUCACGACUUGGACUCUUUUCAGGUGCUUGCAAAUCAAGAGAGACAGGAUGCUGCUGGGCUUUCUCUUACUGUCUUUUUGGCAGUUCAUGUACAUGGGACUGUGUACUGCAGCACAAUCAGAGCUGACAAUCACAACAAUAAAGCAAGAGCCAUAUGCGAUGUCCAAAGGCACACAACUGGAAGGCUUUUGCAUGGACCUGCUAUCUGAAGUAGCUAAAAAACUGGGCUUCAAGUACAGAGUGCAGCUGGUGAAAGAUGGUUCAUAUGGCAGACAGGAUGAGAGCGGCAACUGGAAUGGGAUGAUUGGAGAAGUGGUGAGAGGGGAGGCAGAUCUUGCGAUUGCUCCACUGACUCUCACUGCAGCACGAGAGAAAGCUGUGGGAAUGACCAAACCGUUCAUGCAGACAGGAAUCAGUGUCCUACUAAGGAAAGACAUCUCAGAGGGAGCAGGCUUCUUUGAUUUCCUGACCCCCUUUUCAGCACUGACGUGGCUGGGCAUAUUCAUUGCCUACUUGGGCACUGCUGCUUGCAUCUUUAUAGUUUCCAGGCUCAGCCCAUGUGAGUGGAGUCAGCCUCAAAGUGAGCAAAGCAGAUUCAGUCUCCUCCACAGUCUGUGGUACACAGCUGGAGCUCUGACUCUUCAAGGCGCUGGUCCUCAUCCCAAAUCCCUUUCAGGACGAGUCAUCUGCUGCAGCUGGUGGCUAUUUGCUGUUGUCCUCUUGGCUUGUUAUUUCUCCAACCUCAGCUCCUCGAAGACCUCAGAGUCCAGCCAGCUGAUGGUGAAAGGGUUUGAAGACUUGGCCAACCAGGACAUGAUUGAGUAUGGCUGCCUUGCUGGCUCCUCCACCCUCGCUUUCUUCAAGAAUUCAAACAACCCCGUGUACCGCAGAAUCUAUGAGCACAUGGAGAGAUCAAAGAGUUUUGUGUCAUCUAUGGAUGAAGGGAUCCGACGUGCACGAGAGGGCAGCUUUGCCUUCAUUGGAGAGUCUGUUUCUCUGGACUUGGCAGUAGCACGUCACUGUGAACUGGUCAGAGCGCAUGAAGUCGUUGGCAUGAGGGGAUACAGUAUCGCUGCUGCUUUUGGUUCUCCGAUAAUAAAGAACCUCAGUGUGGCUAUUCUGCAGCUGAGCGAGGCCGGAGAGCUGGCUUACCUGCGAAGCAAGUGGUGGGCCAGCAGCUGCAUAGCAGGAAAGGGCAAGACUUCAGCUAUGCAGCCGCACAGCCUCAAAGGGAUGUUUCUGGUUCUUUCCCUGGGCCUCGGCCUGGGAACAAUUCUGGCUGUCCUGGAACUCACCUCUAAGAGCCGCAGGAGUGCAGCAGAGCAGAAGAAAUCCUGCUGCACUGUCCUGACUGAGGAACUGAGUCUGCGCUUGAGGACCAGUGAUGCAAAAAGAUCUCAGGAAAAUGUUGAGAAAGACAAAGAAAAAGCAUAGAAACUCUUUGGAGAAAUGUCAUAGUCUGAAAAGUGUUUCCUUUAACUUUCAAAAUUUGUUCCAGUACUUGACAGACACAUUAACAUUGUAGAUUUUGAGUUUUAUUUCUUACUUAAAGAAAAAAACAUAUGAUUAGAAAACUCACAAUUUAUUAAAAUAGAUCAUUUAUUAAGUUUUAAGUACCAAUCCUAGAAUGUCAAUGAAAAAUCAAACAUUAGUUUAAUUUUAUAAAAAAUAAUUGUCAAACCAAGUUUAUACUUGAAAACUAAAAAAAAGACUAACAGAUAGUACUCACAUAUUUAGUACUUUCUAUAUUGUUUACAACUCUGCAUCAUGCUGUUUUGUACAGUUGGCAGUGGCAUCAUGUGAUUUCAACAAUUUCUUUUUAAAAGCUAUUUUAUGCAUAAAAACUGUGCUGACUGUAAAUAUUCCAGGUGGACUACAAUAAUAAAAACUGCCUAAUUAUAUAA